GUUGGUGAUUUUAAAUCUGUUAAAGAGGCAACAAGCUUAGAUUUUGCUAUAAUAAAGGUUGAUGAUUUCAAAUUUGCUAAGGAAAUAACAAUCUUAGAUUUUGCUACAACAAAGGCAUAUGUGUUAUGUUUGAAGUUAGCAUCCACUUGA